CAAACAGAUCUUCUCAUCGCCUUUUAUAAACAUAGAAUUACAAAAUUAGAAGCAGCCAUGCAGGAGGCACAGCAAACAGUGGCCAACCAGGACAAAGAACUGUCAAUCUUAAGAAAUGAGAAUGGAGAACUGAAGAAGUUUUUAGCCAUCCUGAAGGAAUCUCCAAAUAGGUACCAAGGAAGCAGGUUGGCCACACCUCGGCCAGUGGGCAUUACUUCCCCAUCACAGUCAGUUACUCCACGACCCAGUUCCCAGCAUAGCAGCCAAGUAGUCAGUCGCGCUUCCUCUGUGGAGUCUAUCCCUUAUAGAGCGGCUGACUUUGAUAGUGUGGGACAAGGAGGCAGAGGCCUGCAGGGAAGGAGUACUCCCAGAAAUGCUUAUACUG